AUGAAACUACUGUGGGAAAUCAACGAUUCCCAGUACAAGGCGAAUAUGCUGACAUCCUACAGUGUGAUAGGUGCUGGAGGACUUGGAUGUGAAAUUUUGAAAAACUUAGCUUUAUCUGGAUUUAAGGACAUACACCUGAUCGACAUGGGUUAG